AAAAGGCUGGGGCUGUCGGGCUGGUGUGUGGGGGUCGCGCGGGCGUAAACCGAGUGGCUGUGGCGGCGGUCGCUGGGGAACCGGCUGUGGUUGUAAAUAUGCAUGGAAACUGGAUAAGGGAAGUUGUUGCUCCGAGUUGACUUCGAUCCCUGGAGAGAGGUGAAGCGAGGAGAAGAAAGGCAGGAGCUGGUGUGAACUUGGUGGUUUGGUGUGAAGGCUGCUUGCGGGAGCCGGACAUCGGGCACUGGUCGGCGCUCUCCAGCCCAGCUCGGCCCGGCCCGACCCGACCGCAGGAUGGGUUUUCCAGACUGGGGCUGCAGGGAAAGCGGCGGUCUCCAAGCGUUCGAGUCCAUGGCGCAACCGUGAUUAUUGCAGUCGAACUUCCUAGAGUUGUUGAUUCUCGGCUUCGGAGCUGAUCAGAGUGAGAGGGACAUGUUCUGAAUACUCACGAUCGGCAAAAAUGCGAAAAGCCAUGCUCAAGAAGGAAAUUUUAAAUUAUUUGCUUCUGUUCUAUCCUGGCUUUUGUCUGUUCGUGCAAGAUGUUUGCGGGCUCAAUAUUUGUACAAGUGGACGUGCUACCUCCUGCAAAGAGUGUUUGCUUAUUCAUCCUACCUGUGGCUGGUGUGUUAAAGAGGAAUUUGGCAGCAAAGGAAGUAUCCCGUCAAGGUGUGACUUCAGAGAAAACUUGAUUAAAAGAGGAUGCCAAGAACAGUUUAUUGAGAGUCCUCAGAGCACUAUACGGAUAGAACGAAAUGUUCCGUUGAGCAGUAAGGGAUCGGGAUACUCUCAAUCUGAUGUCAUUCAACUAACUCCUCAAGAGAUCGCUCUAAAUCUAAGACCUGACCACAAGACCACAUUUCGCAUACAAGUUCGGCAGGUGGAUGAUUAUCCGGUGGACUUAUACUAUCUUAUGGACCUUUCCCUCUCCAUGAAAGAUGAUUUGGAUAACAUCCGAGUGCUUGGAACAACAUUAUCACGAGAGAUGGCAAAACUCACCAGCAACUUUCGACUGGGUUUUGGGACAUUUGUUGACAAACCAACAUCUCCAUUCUCAUACACAGGACCCAAAUACCAGAACAAUCCUUGUGUCGGAUAUAAGCUGUUUCCACAAUGUGUCCCGUCGUUUGGAUUCAGACACUUAUUGUCAUUGACGGACAAAUCUGACAAAUUCAAUGCUGAAGUUCAGAAGCAAAUGGUGUCCCGAAAUCGUGAUGCACCAGAGGGUGGUUUCGAUGCAAUACUGCAAGCAGUAGUUUGCAAGGAAGAGAUAGGCUGGCGGAAGGAGGCUUCGCACUUGCUGGUAUUUACCACUGAUGAUGUGCCACACAUUGCACUGGAUGGCAAACUUGGUGGACUGGUACAACCUAAUGAUGGUCAUUGUCACCUGGACGAACACAACGAGUAUGGCUUUUCUACACAAAUGGACUAUCCAUCACUCGCACUUCUGGGAGAAAAGCUGGCAGAAAACAACAUUCAUUUGAUAUUUGCUGUGACCCAGUCCCACUAUAUACUUUACAAGAAUUUUACCAAACUGAUUCCUGGGACAACUGUAGAAAUCCUUGACAGGGAUUCAAAGAAUAUCAUCCAACUGAUUGUCAAUGCUUACAGUAGUAUCCGAUCAAAGGUUGAGCUGACGGUAUGGGAUAAGCCAGAGGACCUUGACCUGUCCCUCACAGCUAUCUGUCAAGAUGGUGUUUCACGUCCUGGAGUUCGAAAAUGUGGUGAGCUCAAAAUUGGCGAUACAGUAUCCUUUGAUGUCUCUCUGGAGGCCAAGAGCUGCCCAGAAUCCAGGACAAGAAAUACUUUUACAAUUAAACCAGUUGGUUUCAAAGAUUUACUCAGUGUAACUGUUGGUUACAUUUGUAACUGUGAGUGUACAAGUGAGAUGCAAGCCAAUAGUUCCAAGUGCAGUGGUAAUGGAACUUAUGAGUGUGGGAUCUGUACAUGUGACCCAGGCUUUUUGGGAGCCAACUGUGAAUGUCAAGAUGGAGAAACAAGUAAUGUAUUCCAGAUGUUCUGUCGUGAAGCAGAGGAAAAGCCAGUCUGCAGUGGCAGAGGUGAAUGCAUUUGCAACCAAUGUGUCUGCUAUGAAAGUGAGUUUGGAAGGAUUUAUGGGACAUUCUGUGAAUGCGAUGACUUCUCAUGUGCAAGGCACAAGGGCAUUCUAUGUUCAGGUCAUGGAGAAUGUGACUGUGGUGAGUGCAAGUGUCAUGCAGGCUGGAUCGGAGACAACUGUAACUGUUCCACAGAAUUGGAGUCCUGCCUGUCAGAUGAUGGGCAGAUUUGCAGUGGGAGAGGCAACUGUGCGUGUGGUCAGUGUUCAUGCACGGAACCUGGAGCUUUUGGAGAUACCUGUGAAAAGUGCCCGACGUGCCCCGAUGCCUGUGGCACAAAAAGGGAGUGUAUCGAGUGCAGGUUGUUUAACUCCGGAAGACUGGCUGACAAUCAGACCUGUCAGAAACUGUGCAAGGAUGAGAUCCUGACAGUCGAUGUCCUCAACACGGAUGAUAAGGAUGCAGUUCUGUGCCUGUAUAAAACAGAAAAUGAUUGUGUCAUGAGGUUUACCUACUCGGAACAUAUUAGUGGAAAAUCUGUCCUCACUGCUCUGAAGGAACCAGACUGUGCAAGUAAAACCGAUCCAGUGACCGUACUGAUAGCAGUGGUUGGUAGUAUUUUGGCAGUGGGCAUUGCUUUGCUUGCCAUUUGGAAACUGAUUGUGACUAUUCAUGACAGACGAGAAUUUGCCAGAUUUCAAAAUGAACGAUCAAGAGCAAGAUACGAAAUGGCAACCAACCCACUGUACAGGCCAGCCAUCACCAUUCAUUCUGUGGAAAUUCUUCCGACAAUGCAUAACAAAUCUUACAACGGAAUAAUUGACUGAGUUGUGAGCAAGACUACAUUGUUAUCUGUGCCAUGAAUUAGUACCUGACUGGGAUUGCAUCAUUGAAUCUAGCAACUGGAAACUGCCGAUCUUCCUCGGGCAGACUAAUAUCUAGGAACGUGACUGAAAUUAUGACCAUCUAAUCCAGGAGUUCCCAACCUUCAUUAUGCCAUGGACCAAUACCAUUAAUCAAGGGGUUCGUGGACCCCAGGUUGGGAACCCCAUUCUAUACAAAAAUUAAAUUUGGAUAAGGUUCAAAGUACAUUUAUUAUCGAAGUAUGUAUGCAGUAUACAGCCCUGAGAUUAGUUCUCCCGUUGACUGACGCAAAACACAGAAAUACCAUGGAACCUGUUCAAAGAAAACAUCAAACACCCAACAUGCAAAAAAAGAACAAAUUGCACAAACAGUGAAAAACACAUAAUGUAAAAGAUUAAACCACAAGACAUUGCAAGAUUCUAGAAAUGUUCAGUUUAGUCCAAUUAGCGCUGUGCUGUACAUUGGCUGCAGAGACAGUCCGUCCCGAUCAAAAUCACAGAAAACAACUACAAAAAAAGAAUAACCAGAAACACAUCAUAAUUUGAACUACAGAGUCUAAUCCACAAACCGAAUCGAUUAAACCUUGACCAAGAUCCAAGGCUCCAGCCAAAUGCAGGCACCUUCCUCCAGGAGCAGCAAAUGUAAAGGAGAGAGAGAGAGAGAGACUGGUCAAACAUAGGCUCGCCUUCUGCUCUCAUCCUCGUUGAUUUCAAUCUUCCUCAAUGUUUUAAUCAGCGAGAAAUGGAGUGGAUUAUGGGCGGGCAGCCCGUCUCCAGGCCGCACACUUUGAAUUAUGACAAUGCCCAUAAUUCGGAGAAAACGGUGCACAAGUUCUUAUUUGGAACUAUUGACUAACGUUCAUGAAGUAGUUCAUUGGACUUGAUGUUUAGUUAUGUGUUGCUGAAGAUUCAAGUUGCAACUUUAUUCGGGGAGGAAGGAAAGUAUGUGCUUUGUCAUGAGUUGAUAAAUUUGAGUGCAUUAUGGGAGGUUUUUAGGAUAGUUGGCUACAUUAAUCCUGUGAAAAAUAUUUUUUAGUAUAACAAAGAAGUAAACAUAUUUUACCCCAGAAUUGAACAGGUGUUCAGGUAUUUUAGCCAACCUAUACUGUUAUCACUUUUAAAGGUCAUCAUUGUGUGAUGUAGGUAAUCAUGGCCUUCCAUCUGUCUCAAUCCAUGACCAAUCCAUGACCAAUCUGGGCAAAUUUUCUACAGAAGUGGUUUGCCAUUGCCACCUUCUGGGAAGUUUCUAAAGAUAAUGUAAAAUAUUGCCUGAACGAUGUAGAUCAUGUGAAAAUUUGAUAUUGAAAAAAUAUUGGCAGAUCUUCAGUGGCAUUGGGUGCAGAAAAACAAAAACUGUGACGAAAACCUCUAUGGAGUUGGGAUGUUUAACGUCCCUGGAUUAUUUCCAAUCUGCUUUGCCUCCACUUUGGAUGGACACAGUUGCCUGCCUAAGAGAAAAGGGUAUUCUGCAAAAUGACCCAAGCCACUGCUAUUACAACCUUACUUCUGUUCAAGGCUACACCCCUUCCCCACAGCCCCCUCUUGCCCUCCCCCCCACACCACCAACUCUUUCCUCAGUUUUUCACUUCAAGUAACUAACUACCUUGUGGGUUGGGGCAAAUCUGAACACUAAAAUUGUAGUGUCUGUUGCUAGUGGGAUGUCUGCAUGUGCUCAUCUUUUCCCUGUCAUGUUGAUGGGCCUGAUCUGCAGAUGUAACAACCCUCUCCCAUUCAGAAUGCACUCAGUUUAUUAUCAACAUGCAGUUUUAUACCAUAUAACAUUUGUACUUGCUACAGACUGAAUUAUAAAUACUUUUGGGAAGUUGCAGAUUUGAACCCAAAAGAUGAUAAUUUUGAUAAUGUUACUUAGCUUUCACAUGCAAAGUAAAAAAUAUAUAUAUAUAAAUAGAAGCCCUGGAAGAGGUUCUAUUUUCAUGACGUGAACUGCCUUGGACUUUUUGAACCAUUUUUCCACUAUAAUUAUAGAGCAUUGUGUAUUUGUAAAGCUAUUGUAGCACAAGAAUUGCACUUUCAAAAGUACUGCAGUUAAUCAACUAAUGUGGAGGUUUGACUCUCUUGUGAUAACACAUACUAUCUCUCAAAGUGUUUCUUUUAUAACCUGAUGCUAUUUAUUGGUUGGAGUAUAAGUGCUGGUACAAGUAUAAUAGAAUUUUGGGAUGGCAGGAAUCAGCAGAUUUAUUUUUAAGUAAAGUUUUAAAGUUAUACUUGGCUGAUAAUGCCUGAGGAUAGAAUUAAUAUCUUUAGCUAAUCAUCUUAAGAAAAUAUGUUUUCUAACAUACUUAGGCAGUUGUGAAGACUUGAACAGCUAAUUAAAAUUAUAAAAGCAAAGGAGGAAAGUAACCUACAUGUAUCUUAGGAACUUUAUUUAGUAAAGGAGUGGGAGGAACACAAGUAGUUAUGAAAAUAUUGAAAUUGAUUAAUAAUAACAUGGUAACUUGGUGACUAUAAAGAUAUUAGACAUUAUUGCUUUACUUUUCAUUAAACUAAAAACUUGUGUGCUGUAAAUUUGAAAUUUAAGAAAAUGUGGAUAGUCAUUAAGUCGGGCAACAGCUGUGAAGAGAGAAAUAGUUAUGUUUCAUAUAAUUUUCCCUCCAUCAGAACCAUUAGCUCUUUUUUUCUCUCUCCCCAGUUGCUGCAUAUUCUACAUAGAGAAUUUUCAUUCGUUAUGUACUGUGUCUUAUGACAUGGGUGAUCAGGGUCUUUCCAUGACCAUGACUGUUCUUGGCAAAUGUUUCUACAGAAGUGGUUUGCUAUUGCUUUCAUCUAGGAGGUGUCUUUACAAGACAGGUGACCCCAGCCAUUAUCAAUACUCUUCAGAGAUAGUCUGCCUAGUGUCAAGUGAUCACAUGACCAGGACUUGUGAUCUGCACCAGCUGCUCAUACGACCAUCCACCACCUGCCCCCAUGACUUCACAUGACCCUGAUCGGGGGGCUAAGCAGGUGCUAAACCUUGUCCAAGGGUGACCUUCAGGCUAGCGUAGAGACGGAGCACUUUAUACCUUCUUUGGUAGAGAUGCUUCUGCGUAGAGUAUUCCCAGUAUUUUCUGUAUGAAAAGAAAGUUGUGUUUAGUUGUUUUUAAAGGAUAUAACUAGGAGUGUAGGUAAGUGGAAGGGGAUUCGUUGAUGUUAUACCUGUGCUUCCAGAAGGAAAUUGAUAAGCUAACACUUGUCAAAGGCUGGGGUUGAGGGUAAUAUAUUUGCAUGGAUAGACAUUAAAAGAUCACUUUCUGGUAGGUUUUACUAAUGAGAAGCUCCAGGAAUUAAUAUUUGGAGCCUAUCCAAUUACAUUCAUUUACAGUGCCAGCGACCGGGGCUCAAAUCCCACCACCACCUGUAAGGAGGUAUUGUACAUUUUCCCUGCGACACUCUGGGAUUCCUCCGGGUGAUCCGGUUUCCUCCCACAGUCCAAACACCUAUCGGUUGGUUAAUUGAUCAUAGUAAAUUGUCCCAUAAUUGGGCUAGGGUUAAAUCGGGGGUUGCUGGGCGGCGUGGCUCAAAGGGCUGGAAGGCCUAUUCUGUGCUGUAUCUCAAAUAAGUAAAUAAAUAAUGACUUAAGUGAACUGAUAGAGAGGAAUGUAAACUUUGUCAAUACAAGAUAGGUAGGAAAGUGAAUUAUGAAGAGCUUGCAAAGUGUCCUUAAAGAGGCAACGAGCAAAAAUAUAGCAAAUGGAGGAUAACUUACAAAGAUUAGUUGUUUGCUUUGAUAUGAAGAAAAUGAAAACAUUUUGUCAGGUGGUCAGAAAUUAGUGAGUUUGGAUUGUAUGUUCACAGUGCAGGAAGUUUAAUAAGUUUAAUUUUUUUCCACAAGGUUUUUUGGAGUAGUGGAGUUAUUAUGAUUGUAAAUGUGCAGGGGUUUAGUGAUAGUACACUCAACAUGCAUGCAGCUUGGGGCUUUACAUAAAUAGGGAUGGACUUUUGUAGGAGGCAUGCGGCAGCAAUUCUUGAGAUUACAGAUAUAAUCUAUCAGGACAGAAUGAAUCGAUUGGACCUGUGCUCAGAGGAAUUUAAAAGAAUGCAAAUGAAUCUUAAGUAAAAAAUGGAUUUUGAGAGGGAUUAGUAUCACCAAUGAAAGAGAUGCACAAUCAGCCCCAAUCCUCUGCCCUGUGCUUUGAACUCUUAAACAAUGACAGAGCAGAUCCAGGCCUGCCCCAAAAUCCUGAUGUUGACAUCUUAUAUUCAGAUAAAAUUUGACAACUUUAGGAUAUUGAGUGAGGAUGGCAAUUCCAAGGAAAAUAAACUUUGGAAAAGAUCUCCUAAAACUUCACCACCAAUAAGGUGCUGCUUGUUUUAUUUACAUUGGAAGGAUAUUCAGGGUUUAAGAUUAGUAAAGGAAACAUACUUUCCUUGGACAAUAACAGAGAGGCUGAGGCUUUUAUAGUUAUGCAGAGUGUAUACGACUAGAAAUAGUGCUGGAAGAAUACAUAUUCAUUUAUAAAGUGGGUUUUUUUUUCCCACUUUCAACUCCUCAGCUGUCAUACCACUUUUGCUCCUUUGAAGAAAUUCUGAUAAAAAAAAUUAUACAGAUUGUCUUUUUAUCUUCAAUUAAAACUAUUAGGUUUUAAAAGAUGUUGAAAUUAUAUUGUAUUGGAGAAGGUCAUUUACUAACUGUGUGUUGGUUCUUUGAAAAAAGUGUGAUAAUUUCCCUUUGGUACAUAGAAUCUUCCCCCUUGCACAUCUAUUUGAUUUUCUCUUUAGAAAUUACAGUCAAAUCUGCUUUACAGCUCUUUCAGUAUAAGAUUUACUGAAAACGUUUACAAUAAUCAAAACUGCUUUUGGAAGUUAUGCAAUAAAAACAAGUCCAUGUAAAGAAUUUUCUCUGUGACUUUCAGUACUUUUAUAAUUUAAAAUUAACAUUUUUGUUCAUUAAAUGUCAUUAAUCCUU